GCAAGCAGUUGAGAAAGUAUAUAGUAAGAAAACUAUCAUACGAAUAUACUAGUACUGGUAGCUCGCAACUACUGUAGCUAGAACCCUCAAAAGCUAGCCCGCAUUAUCUACACCAGAGGAAACAUGAACAACCCCACAGGAAGCCAAGCAACGGAGAAGCAAGUCAGGGGACUGAGGAGACAAGCGAAAGCUACAAGUACCACGAGAAACCAUGUCAAUGUUGCCACGAUGGCCCCACUCAUGAAAGGCGGGCUACGUCGAGGUCACCAAGGGACUACUGUUGGAGCUCACUUCGUUACCCCUGACAGUCACAACAACAGCCGAACGGAAAUUUUGGAACAUCCUACUGGUACGAUGAACAACCCGACAGCAACCCCAUCAAUGGAGAAGCAAGUCAAGGGACUGAGGAGGCAAGUGAAUGCUACUAGUGCUACAAUAAACCAUGCUAAUGUUGGCACGAUGGUCCCCCUAGUGAAAGGUGGGCUACGUAGAGGUCCCAAAGGGAGCCAUGUUGGAGCUCAGUCAGUUACCCCUGACAGCAGCAACAACAGCCCAACAGAAACAUUGGAAUAUCCUACCGGUAUGGUUGAGACACGGGCAGAAGUACAGCAAGAAGCAGAUCAGCAAGGCACACAAGAAGAUGGGAACACAGUCAUUGAAGUGGCUCAGCCAAAAACUCCCAAACCUAACGCUACUGAUCCAAUUGAAGGCUACGACCCAGUGACAGCCUACACGGUGGAUGAGCAUGGGAGAAAUCUGGAAGUACUACCUGAAGUUGUCAUUGCAGCCCCAUUGAAGAAGUCCAGGUUCUGGAGGGGCUUGGCUAUCUUGGCAGUACUUCUUGCUAUUUUGGUUGUUGGAGUUGUGCUUAUCAUCACCUUCACAAGGAACAAUGACAAUGAGUCAGGACAGUUAGGUACAGCAUUCUUUCCAAUGAUAUCUGCAUCCCCAACUGGAUAUCCUUCCAUGGUACCAACUUCUGAACCUUCCUUGGCCCCAACAAGCUCUCCUCUUCCGUCUAUGGUCCCAUCCACAGCUCCCACAGGAUUGCCCACAGGGGACUUUUGUUAUUUUGGCAUCAACAUGACCUGUGAGGAACUCUACUCAGGGGAACCGUGUGAGACUUUCUACCCUGAUGUACGUUUAGCAGAUGAAAACUGUGCAAGUGAUCCAAUUGAAAUGGUAACGAUAUACACAGGAUUUGAUUGCAUCACAGCCAACAACAUUACAAGAUCAUCACUUCCACUUUCAUGCAAAGACUUCAAUGGGGGACCAACCCAACAUGAAUUUGCUUACCUAAUUGUCACUCCCAUCCGAAACAACAGCAUUGUUUAUUUUGAAGGGCCGGUUCAUUACUUUGGGAAAUCUACACUCAGGAAUCCACUGUUGGAGCCAAUCUCAGAAACUCUCAAUUUUUCUCUUUAUUCUUUGAACAACGAUCAUUCGAACACUGGAAUUCUCCUACAAGAAGUAAUUCUUGAGUUCUCCUGUCCCACAAGUUCCUUUGAUGACUCCUACGGCGCAACACAGUUCAAUGCCAUGAGAAGCAUAGAACAAGGAUAUGUUUCAACCGUUCAUUCAACCAACCUUGGGUUUGAAUUCAACUUCCGGCUACAUGUGGCGAAUGAAGGAGUCUCCUCAGCAAUCAUAACCAGUCUGAGUCAAGCAACCAAUUUUGAUCCUUUCUUUUUUAACUUUACGGAUUUGGUCGCAUCCAGUGAUGCCAAGGGACUCCUCCAUCCAGGUGAUGAACUUGUGUUGGACUCAAUCGUUUCUGUGGGACUAGACGAUGAGCGACACUAUGGUUUCCUUACAGAUAUCGCGGGCAUUUCAGAGGGUAACACAGCUUGCCGUCAGGGGAGUCACCUUCAGGUCACUUUUGGGCGCCGAAUUCCAAGUAUCUUAGAAACAGAGGGUCCAUCCAGUACGCCCGCAGAGGCACCAACAGGUGUUCCCAGUAUCCUUGACCAAACAACUGCACCUGACAAUGUGAACUCAGGGAACUCCAUGCCUGUCCCAAACGAAGUUAUCCACACUUCUUGUGACAUUAUUGUGACCAUUGAAUGUGUUGGGAGAACUCUCCAUGGUGCUGAAGAAUGCAGCAGACUUUUGGCAUGUCCUCAUCCCUUCCCAUCAGUACUGGGCAUGACUUAUACGGGGCAAAACUGUGGUGACGCAGAGGAAUGCACCGACUUUUUCCAUGGUGUGGCCGGCGUUGAUCAAGCACUUGUAAUCAUAAAAGUGCAGGACAGCCCAGUGCUGGAGCAAAAUCUCAGAAAGGGUGAACAUUUCACUCUCCGUUCUGACUUUGGAUUGGGGCCGUCCAUCGAAAUAUUGGUACUGGACACCAAUCGCACUCGGCGUCUCCAGUGGCAACAACUUGGGACCUGUCUAACAGAUGAUGCAUUAGUGGGCACUCCACACGGGGCCGUCACAAUCAAGGCCAUCGCUCCAUCUAUUGCAAGGAGACCACUUGCAUCAAUCCAGUUGCAAGUCCGCAUUCAGAAUAGUGGCAACACGAUUGCCAACUUGACAAUGGCAACAGCCAGCACCCCAUCUGGCAACAGAAAUUUGUUACCAGACCCAUUUGUUUUGGUUGCCCCAGGAGGCGACACUGUGCUUCCUCUGUCCAGUGACCGAGUGGAUGACUGGAUUACCAAACACCCCAACAGAAAUCUUAUGAUGUGGUCAGCUGUGGUAUCUGGUGUCACAGAAGGUGGGCAACCUUGCCAGGCCAGUGACUCUCUUCAAUUCUAGCUAGCUACUUCAUUCCUAUUCUAGUAGUUACUUUGCAGUUCGCACAAUUCGUGUACA